CCUACUGGACUGUAGAAUGUAGUGUGGGCCGUAGGACAGAACGGGGAAGCGAGGCGGCAUGUAUUCAUAUUUGAGGGGUCUUGCUGUUUCUCUCGCGAGAUCUGACAACGCUGCGCGAGACGGCAACGGGAAGUUGGAGCGCGGCGGGACGACGACAAAGCAAGAUGGCGUUUUACGGAGAAGACGUUAUUGUGUUUAUGAUACAAUGUGUUCUUAAUCAGUGCGUACGUUCACACGUAUAUAUUUUGUUCCAUAUAGUAAACGUUGUUGAUCUUUGUUUGGGUCCGAAAACAUUAGUCGAAGCGCACUUUGCUGCUUCUUGUGCUAACUUAGCGUGUUAGCUGCUAACAAAGAGAGGCGGAAGUGAUGAAAACACAUCGCUAAGCAGAGAUCAAGUGUGAGUGUAAAGUGUUGUGAUUGUGUGAAAAUGUGCGAAAGAACGACAGCAGAGUACGAGGAGGAACUUUGUCCAACAAAAGAGGAGAAGGAGCGACAACAUCAACUACUGGACGCUGUUUUCAAGAAACAUCAAGUUGUGUUACACAGAACAGACGUCCAGCAGCCCCCCCACAUUAAAGAGGAAGAGGAGGAAGUGUGGAUCACUCAGGAGGAAGAGUGUCUUCUAGGGCAGGAGGAGGCUGAUCUCACCAAGUUUCCACUGACUGUUGUCUCUGUGAAGACUGAAGAGCAUGAAGACAAACCACCUGAGUCCUCACAGCUUCAUCACAGUCCAAACGUCUCUGAAGAACGUCUUCUCCCUGAGCAAAAGGAGUGGAGCUUCCGGAUGGAGCAGGCGAAGCCACAGCCCUCCCAUUUCAAAGAAGAUGAGGUGCCACAGACCCCUCACAUUAAAGAGGAAGAAGAUGCACCAGAGACCCCUCACAUUAAAAACGAAGAGGAGAACCUACUGACACCUUACAUUAAAAAGGAAGAUGAGGACUCAGUGUCCCCCAGUUUUAAAGACGAAGUUCCACAUUACCCUCACAUUAAAGAGGAGGAGGAGGAACACAGCAUCAGUCAGGAGGGGGAGCAUCUUGAAUGGUUGGAGGAGUUCCCAGUGACUGUCAUUGUGAAGAGUGAAGAUGAUGAGGUCAUUGAGGAAAGUGAGGAGAGGAGAGAGGCGGAGCCUCCAAGCAGCUGCUCAACUCAACACAUGACAACAGAAGCUGAUGGAGACCACUGUGGAGGAUCACAAGCAGACAAGCUCUUAGCUCCACUAUCAGAUAGUGAGGACACAACGUCACACUCUCCUGACACUGAUGAUGAAGACUCUAAAGAUGAUAAGACAUGUCACACUGACAACACACACUUCACAUGUUCUCACUGCGACAAAACCUUUAAAGACCGUAGCAAUAUGAAAAGACACGUGAGAACACACACUGGGGAAAAACCUUUUUCCUGUUCAAAAUGUGGUAAAAGUUUUCAACGAAACGACAUGUUGAAAGAACACAUGAGAACACACACUGGGGAAAAACCUUUUUCCUGCUCAGUGUGUGGUAAAGUCUUCAUUCAAAGUCAACAUUUGAAAGUUCACAUGAGAACGCACAGUGGUGUGAAACCUUUUUCAUGUUCAAUUUGUGCGAAACGGUUUGUCGAAAGUCAAAAUUUGAAAGUACACAUGAGAAUGCACACUGGAGAAAAACCCUUUUCUUGUUCAGUCUGUGGUAAAUGUUUUGCAGCAAAUCAAAAUUUGAAAUUACAUGAGAGAUCGCACACCGUAGAAGAACAUUUCAAGUGUUCAAUCUGUGGUAAAAGUUUUAGACGAAGUCAGUGUUUGAAAAGACACACAAGAAUGCACACUGGUGACAACAAUUUUAGCUGUUCAGUCUGUGGUAAAGGUUUUGUACAAAGUCAUGAAUUGAAAGUACACAUGAGAAUACACACUGGAGAAAAACCUUUUAACUGCUCAGUCUGUGGCAAAAGUUUUGUAACCAGUCAAAAUUUGAAAGUACACAUGAGAAUACACACUGGAGAAAAGCCUUUCACCUGUUCAAGCUGCGGUAAAAGGUUUGUACAAAAUCAAAAUUUGAAAGUACACAUGAGAACACACUCUGGUGAAAAAACGUUCUCCUGUUUAAUCUGCAACAAAAACUUUAGUCACCAAAGAAACAUUGGAGUACACAUGAGAAUACACACAGGUGAUAAAAUGUUGAGUUGCAUUGUUUGUGGCGAAAGAUUCUCUUAUAAGUACCAGUUGAAAAAACACAAGUGUGCUGGUGAGAACAGCAGCAGCAAAUGAAGAUGCAGGAUUUGAAAUAAACUGUCAAAACGUUGUUAACUUUGACAUUCAAACAACAGCACAUAUAACAUGUGUGACAUCAUUGUUGUGUGUGUAACACUAUCUUGUUAUCAUACUUAUAGAUUAGAUUUUUUAGAUUAGUGUUUUUUCCAGUCAAGUACGUGCAUUAAUUUACAACAUUGUGUACUUUUAUUUAAAAAUAAACAGAACAAUUUGAAUAUAAACACACAGUAAAUGUUACAUAUAAUAA